UGAGGCUGUUCCAAAAUGUUCUAGAUAAUUCCAUGGAAUUUUUGCGAUCAAAACAAAUGAUAUAAAAGGAACGGCAAGAGCAGAUCAAUUCAAAUCAAAGAUAUUCAUCAGAUGGAUAGAAACUGAGACGAAUAAGACAAAUUUUACGCACAUGUUGAUGUUUGACGCUGAUCAGAGCAUGGGCUACGAUUUUGAUCCUCGAUCUUUCAUGAGCUGGGGCUAUCCGGUGUUUGGCAACGAAUGGAUUCGAAACGAUCCAAGGAGGCAGCCAAGAAUGCGAAGGGCGAACGAUUUUUUUGGUCAAGAUGAUGACUGCCACUGCCGUCAGUGUUCUAGAGAGCGCAAAGACCUAAGAACAGACGGGUUCAAACCCAGACUACAACGUGAUAUGAGCUCUGGCAAGAGUUAUUGGGAAAUACCUAUUCAAAAAGGAGAUGAUGAAAUACAAGCGAGCGAGACAUUGCAAGGAAAGGCUAAAGAUGACAAAGCAAGUUUGCCAACGAAGCCAAAAGCAAAGGCGACAAAAGAAGUUUUACAGAAGACAAGAACACGACCAGACAAUGUAAAUACACCAUUUGAUGAGCCUUCCAGCGAUCAAGAAGAAACAGACUCAGUUGAUGCUUUUGUAGCCUGCAAAGAUACAGAUAUUGAAGUUAAGGAAAACGUUAAAGGAUUAAAAAAGCAAGUACAGAGUGACAAAAACCACUGCACUCUACAAUUAGAGCAGUCUUCAACAGAACCUGAAGUAAUUUCAGAUUCUAAGGCAACCAAACUUCAGUUUAUAAAAGAUAUUGGGGAAACAGUAGCAGAACUAUCAACAAGAAUUGAUUCAUUUCAGGGAGCAAAGGGGUCAAAGGAUUACCUUUAUCUUGAAGAAAUGCUAAUGAAAUCCUUGUUGAGGCUAGAUGAAAUAUUAACUGAUGGUGAUGAGGAAGUACGAAUAAGUAGGAGACAAAUGGCACAGGAUUUAAAUGCAAAGUUAAUGCUGCUAGAAAGAAAAUACAAUGAUCCUGCAAAUAACAACUGUAUAGAAACAGAAUCAAGUGAAACAAGCAGCAUUUCUAUCUGUUCACCUGACCAACCUGAAGUUGACAGUCACCAAAUGGACAUAGAUGUGAAUCAAAUGCCUGAAAAAGCAGAGAAGCAGAGUACUAAUUCACAAUGUCAAAGUUUUCCAGAAGAGCAAGCUGAUAUAUCAGAAAAGGCAAACUGCGUGGACAUUCAAGCAUGUGUGGCAGAAUCUGAAAUUGAAAGGACUUAGCUCAAAGUACAUUUGACCCUUAGAAAUGUGAGAAUGGUUUAUAAGUAUUGUUGAAAAUUACAAAUAACUUAGUAGAUAAGCAGUAGAUUAGUAGAGGUAACUUAGUAUUGAGUCACUUUGAUAUUUAUUGGAUAGAUAUUUUUUGCAAUGAAGUCAAUUGUUGGUUUAUGUACUAAAUUGGUUUCUCUUGCUUUUCUAGUGCAGAUAGCUUCUUGCUAUCCCAGGUUCCUUAAUAUACAUUUCAAAAUAAUGCUAUUUAUGUAAGAUUUGGUGUAUUUGAGGGUGUGAAACCAGCUAUAAUUUUGGUCACUAAAGCAAGGAGUUUGAGAAUCUAAGACAAAAUACUUUCAGGGUAACAGUUUUUGCAUUAUACCAAGAUAUAUGUUACAACAGUGUGGGAGAACUCAAAGCAUCACAAAAUUUAGACAGUCAUCUCAGUAUUAUUGUAAAAGUUGAAGCCUAGAUUCAGAGGUCUAUCAGCAGAGGCCAGAUUCAACAGUAUUUCAUGUUUUUGAAGCCCAAUUUUUCCGGAAAAAUUGCUGAUUUGGGGGAAGGGUGUGAAGCCCCCUUUAUUUUCCCCAAAGCCCUGGUCAUCGCACUGCUUGAAAAUAUUUUGGAGGCUAAGAAAAUUGUAGGCAGCUACCAAACUUUUUAUAACCUAGUCUUGAAAAGCCAUAACUUCUUUGGCCAUCAGAUAUCAGGAAAGUUGCAAAUAUAACAAGUUGCGGACAAAACAGAUUUCGGAAAAUCAUAGUUUUGACGAAGUUUUCUCCAAAAAUUUGAUCUCUCAACUUAUUUUGAUAUAAAUUUAUUUCGUCUUUUUAUGAUUGAAAUUUGAAUUUAUAAAUAGUCACGAUAGUAUGCAUGGUUCUUUCAUUUCCAGGUUACAAAAAGUUUCUAUAGCUUUCUCUGCCUGUGCAGGAUUAUUGCAAGGGGGCUUACGAUAUGGUUGUGACGCCAUUGGGGUAGGGACUGUAGUAACAAAACAUUGGACAGGUUCUUACGUUGUUAUAUUCUUUGGCUAGUCGAGCCUUGAUGUUCUUAUAAAUCUUCUUUUAUAAAGAACGAACGCUUUUCAAUGACUUUGGAUAGUGGCUGAAUAUUUUUUCUCGAAACCUUUCAUCUUAAACAUGUCUUAAAAUUCAGUUCCAAAAACUUUAAGAAAAGCAGAGUUAACUAAGUUAACGAUGUUGAGUUCAGAUCACACAUGCUUUGCUCGUAGCUUGAUAAGGGAAAAUAUGAGAGCAAAUAUGAGAGAAAAUAUAAGCUUGAAUCGGAAAUUAGCCAAUAACGGAUGAGCAAAAAGCAUUUUUCUCCGAAGAUUUAUUAGUCCGAAAUCUCUAAAAUAAUCUAAAAUAUUUUUGCCUAAGUUACUGCCCAAAAGUUUUCGUCUUAAGUGCAGAGGGCAGAAUCUUCAGAAUGCUAACCUAAAAAAAACGUUGCACAGCUGUCAAUAUAUUUUUUGGCCCCUAUUCAAGUUCAUGUUUUGGUGUUAAAUACUAGGUUUGGUGGCAAUACAUUAAAACAAUUCGCCGGCGUCAAUUAGAACUGGCGUUAAAAGGGCCGACAGGAGCAUUUGUGUUUGCACGAGAGAAUUGUCAAAAGUCGGCCUGUUUCUCGAUCCGAAUUCAUAAAACAGUUCAAACAACUGACAAGAAUUGUUCACGACAACAGAAAUUUAUUGAUGCCAUGCUUGCCUGUAAAAAUUUUCAUCUUAUUCCGUUAAGAUGGCGCUGUUA